AACUCAUUUGUCGGUGCUACUCCCCCUGCUGAAUAGACGCGAUGGAGGAGAGUGUGGGCAUGACAGUGUCUGGCGGGAAUGAAGUUGUUAGAUCCUGCGCUUUCUGUUCGUCUAUUGUGGAUUAUAGAAUUGGGGAAUAUUGGAGGUGCCAGUGGACCAAGUCGGUGGACGAGGAGAUUCGAGAUUUCCUCUUCCACCAGCAGUGUACUGAUUGCGCUGAUUCCCCGAAAGCAUCACUCUACAAGGCGCUCCCGCCGUUGAGGAUCGAUUGGCCCCGGGUCCGCACCUGGUUGAAAGGGUGUGACAAAGAGCAUGGGGUCAAGUGUAACCCAGGGCCUCUUGAGUCAGUGCCACCUGGGUUUCGACUGAUCGAUACGCAAAAGGGAUGCUUAGUGGGAGCUUCUCCUCCUUGCACGUAUGCUGCACUGAGCUAUGUGUGGGGAGCCACGGCCAAUUCAUAUGUUCAGGCAACGAAAAGCACCAUUAAGGCACUGGAAACAGAAGGCUACCUAUUCAAGAAAUCUUUACCGGCAACCAUCAACGACGCUAUCUGUGUCUGUAGCCACCUACAUGUACGGUACCUCUGGGUUGACAGACUUUGCAUCGUGCAAGAUGACGGCGCCGUCAAGGAUGCCCAAAUCAAUGCGAUGGGCGAUAUCUACCGCCAUUCUUCUGUGACCCUGGUUGAUCUCGACGGUUCGGACAUGAAUCACGGUCUCCCUGGAAUGACGCAAGUCAGAGACACAGCCCCGAUGAUCUAUCAAACCCAGGGUAUGUGCUUGAGAGCCAUGCAUACAUCAUAUCAAAAUCUUGUGGAACAGUCGACAUGGGGCUCCCGCGGCUGGACAUAUCAGGAGGCCAUGUUAUCGCCAAAGUUGUUGCUAUUCUCAAACACCGGUGUGUUCUAUGAGUGUUCUGGAUAUGUCGAAGCUCUUCACGAAGAUCGGUUUGUGACAGGAUCAAGCGAAAGACCGUGUUUCAGUGGCGCGUCGUCCUAUAUAUACUCCGAACUAGUGAGGAAGCUCACGUGGAGGACCCUGACUUUUGAUUCAGACAUUCUCAAGGCUGCUUCUGGGAUUCUGCACUGGCGAUAUGGCUCGGAGCAUUACUUUGGCUUACCGUUCCGUGAGUUUACUUGGGGGAUGCUUUGGAGGGUCAUUUCUUUUGACGAGGAACCCGUAGCCAGGAUUCAAGAAGCAGAUAGUAUGUUUCCAUCCUGGUCGUGGUCCUCCGUAAAGGGCAUAAUUGGAACAAUUGAUGCUGUCAGGGGCUCGCUCUUACUAGGGGCAUGGGGGAUUCCGUCUACUGACCAUGAGGCAUCGGUGCGCAUCAUUCGGCCUUAUUCUGUCGGUGCGGAUUUCAUCCGGGGAUGGAAUAAUAAAACAAUCACCAAGGCGCUUGGAGUGAUCUUGGCAUGGAAAGGUGGCUGCUUUCCAGAACAUCUACCACCCAUGCUGAAUUUCAACACCACUUGGCGGCAGUAUUCAGAUAUGAUCACGUCCAAGUGGGCCUCAUUUGAUCAUUUUGUCGAGGAAGCACUCGGUGUGAACACAAUUCACCUGCAUCGUAUAUUUUCCUCCUCAUCUGUCGAACAUACUCGUCACCCCGGAGCCUUAUUGGCGAAUACUCAGUCUGUCCAUGUCCAAGUGGUAGGAUUCCCCUCGAGCCGUCAAUCUCGCCAAGUCAAAUUUGGCACCAUGAGCAAUGAAUCGGUAGUGAAGAUUAGAACUGACACCGCCACGGCUUGGGACUGGCUUUCCGAUAAUCACAGCAGGAAUCCUGAUGCCUGCUUUGAUCUCCUCGCUCUCUCUCUUUGCUAUUCCUCGUUCUAUAAGGGUUACUAUUCAGAACCGGACACCAAGCAAAACUUUUGGUAUGAUUCAAAUGAGGAUGUCCUUCGUUGGCGACUGGAUGAUCCUGAGUCAUAUAUGGUGAGAUUUGAGGUGAAUGUGAUGGUUGUUGAGACCAAAGAGGGCGUUAGCAGACGAAUUGGCAUUGGAGAGAUUAAUCUCCGUAAAUGGAUCUCUGCUCCCCGUGAAUCUCGGAACUUCGUGCUAGUCUAG